AUGUAUGCAUUACAAUACUCAACUUAUGGACCUGCAUCUAAAGUAUUAAAAUAUGAGGAAACGCAAACACCAGAAAUAAUAUCACCACACGAUGUAAUUGUAAAAGUAGUAGCAGCAUCAAUUAAUCCAAUUGAUUGGAAGAUGAGGUCUGGUGCAUUCAAAUCUGUUGUUGGUAUCAAAGGACAGUUUAUUGGAGGAAAAGAUUUCUCGGCAAGUCUCAAUGAAUUAAUUAACGAAAAAUUAUUUUUCAGUAAUAAUAGUAACAAUAAUAACAGUAGUGGUGUAAUUGUAGCCAAAGGCGAUAAAGUUGAUAGAUUGGAUAUUAAUGAUCAUGUGUUUGGAUGCGUGAUGAAUGGUACAUUUGCGGAGUAUGUACGAGUUAAUACAUUGAAAGAAGGGAUCGAGAAAAAACCAUCAUCUAUCACACAUGAAGAGGCAGCAGGUGUGGGAAUUACAGCAUUAACAUCAUGGGGUGCAUUGAUUGACAAAGGUAUAUUACCCAUCAACCCUACAACAGAUAAAAAUAAAGUGAUGAUAAUUGGCGCAUCUGGAGGAUGUGGAACGUUUUCAGUUCAAAUUGCCAAGAAUAUUAGCAAAGCACAUGUAACUGGUGUAUGCUCAGGAAAAAAUGUUGAACUAGUGAAAAGUUUGGGAGCUGAUAGAGUGAUUGAUUAUACGAAAAUACCAGAUUAUUUUACAUAUCUUUUAGAAGAAAAUGAAAAAGAAUCAUUUGAUUUAAUAAUUGAUUUUGUUGGGUUUGACGAAUUUUACACAAAAUCAAUCCCGCUACUUAAGAAAUCGGGAACAUUUAUCUCUGGUAGUAAUGAAUUAUUUUUUAGAAAUGAGCAACCAAGUCUACUACAAUAUGCAACAACUUUUGGAAGUAUAGCUUUUAAAAGUGUUUUUGGUGCAAGAAGAUAUAGACAUUUAAUGGGAGUUCAAAGAACUGAUUUACACAAGUUGUUGAAAUAUUUAGAAAAUAGGGAAAUUGUUACUGUGAUUGCGCAAAAAUUUAAACUGGAAGAUGGUUUUAAAGCCCACGAAGCCAUUGAAACAACGAGGACUGUCGGAAAAAUUAUUUUAACAAUCUAA